AUGCCCGUGGACUCGAAGACCUUGGGCUCAGCGCUGCGCGCCUGCGUGGGCCGCUCCUGGCCGGCCGCGCUGCAGGUGCUGCGCGUGUUCAGCGGCGACGAUGUCCGCCCGGGGCAGGUGGCCUACAACAUCGCGGUCAGCGCCUGUGAGAGGUCGGGCGCGUGGCAGCCAGCUCUCCAGCUGCUGGGUGAGAUGAAAGGCCAGCAGGUGGAGAUGGAUGCCAUCACCUGCUGCUCAGCCACCUGCGCCUGCGCAAAGGGUAAGCAGUGGCGCAAGGUGCUAGAGCUGUGGCGCGGCAUGGAGGAGGCGAAGAUCAGGAAGAACACCAUCCUUUGCAGCGCCAGCAUCAACGCCUGUGCCAAGGCCACCCUCUGGCAGAUGGCCAUUCAGGUCCUUUCCUCUAUGAAGGGCAUCCAGCGGAACACCAUCACCUUGAACUCCGCCAUCUCGGCCUGCGGAAAGGGCGGCCAAUGGAUCUGGGCGCUGCGCCUCCUGAGCGCCAUGCCCACUGAGCGCCUGCAGCGCGACACCAUCAGCUUCAGCGCCGCGAUCACGGCCUGCGAGAAAGCGGGGCAGUGGGAGGCGGCCAUGGCGCUGCUGGAGGCCAUGGAGCUGGAGGGCCUGGGCCGGGACGUCAUCGCCUGGUCCGCGGGGAUCUCCGCCUGCGAGAAGGCCGGGGGCCGAUGGCAGGUGGCCCUCGCCCUGCUGAGCCAGAUCGAGAGCAGCGGCCUCGAGCUGAGCUCUAUCUCCGUGGGUGCCGCCAUCUCCGCCUGCGAGAAGGCGGGUCAAUGGCAGGCCGCCUGCGCCGUGCUGGACGGCUUCCUGCUCCGCGCUCUCCAGCUGGACACGGUGCCCUUCAGCGCCGCCAUCGCCGCCACGGCCCGCAGUGCGCAGUGGCGCACCGCGCAGCAGCUGCUGCGGGAGAUGGACCGGCGGGUCCUGUGCAAAGACACGGUGGCCUGCACCGCGGCCAUCAGUUGCUUCGCCGCGGCCGGCCACUGGGCUGAGGCCCUGGAAGUCCUGGCGGCCAUGGACGCGCCGGACAUCUUCACCUUCAGCUCGGCCUUGAGCGCCUGCCACUUGGCCGGGCGCUGGGCGGAGGCCCGGAGCUUGCUGCGGCAGAUCGAUGGGCGGCGGCUUCACGCGGAUGGCAUGCACGUGGGCUGCUUCCUGGGCGCGGUGCAGAGGGCCAGAGGCGCGAAGGAGGCCUUCCUCGAGCUGCGGCGCUUGAGGCAGACCUGGCCGCAGGAGGAGGCGAAAUCAGCUUCUGGGCUGGAGCUGCCGUGCGCGCCGGUGAUUUCCACUUCCCCUGGCCUGGUGGCCGUCAACAAACCCAGCGGGGCGCUCACGGAGGAUGUGAUCUCGGCACUUUCGCGGCGCUUGAAGUUACCCACCACGACCUUAUCGCGGCUGGACGUUCCGACCUCCGGAGUGCUGCCGGUGGUGAUUGGCUCGGAGGUGAUGUCCACUGCAAAGUGGUUCAAGUCGCAGUUUGCCGGCCGAUUGGUGCAGAAGGAGUACCUUUGCCUUUGCCGCGGUGAGGAGGUUUCUGCCACCUCGCAGCAGACCAUCUCUUUGCCGCUCCGCACUGGCGAUGAGAAACCCGUGCGUACCUCGGUGCACCAGCAAGGGCGCGAGGCCUGCACGGUGUGGGAGGUGCUCGAGAUCUUCCGGCCGCCGCAAGAAAGCGGGAACGGGACAGAAGCCGUCCACUUAAUCCGGGCGGAGCCCAAAACGGGAAGAAUGCAUCAGAUCAGAGUCCACCUGGCCAGCAUUGGCCUUCCUUUGGUGGGCGACUGCAGCUUGCCGGUGGUUUAG